CCGGUUAAAUCAAGAAAAUUAUCCAUUUGGUUAAGUUUUUCAUUUUAAUUUAUUUGGUUCAGUUAGAUAUAGCGGUUUGAUUAAACCAGAAUAAACCAAAUCUAAUUGUCAUUGUCUCAGUGGAUUCGCCGCUCCGGAGUGCUCCUCCUUCACUCCCACCAUCUUCGUCUUCGUCACCGAGUCCUUGCCUGUUAACUCUAGGCAGAGCAUUUUAAUCCGUCUGAUUUUGGAUCCGUGAGACAGGUGUCAAGCUCUCGAUCACCUCGGAUGUCGCAGGCAGCAAUUGCUUCCGAGAACAGCUAUCCAGGCAUUGAUGAAUGUAUUUGAUAAGGCUCCGAUUCUGGAUAAGGAAGCUUUUGUAACCGUCAUAUUGGAAGAGGAUCAUCUACAUCUUCUCCUGAUGAAACGUUUGAGUAUAUGAUAUUGAUUUUUUUUUGGAUCACUAGUGUGUGGGAUGUGAAUACAGUCAGUGUUGGAUCAGGAACUAAUAUUCAGGACAACUCACUUGUGCAUGUGGCAAAAUCAUACUUAAUCGGUAAAGUUCCUCCAACCAUCAUCGGGGACAAUGUAAUCAUUGGUCAUAGUGCUUUGUUACAUGGAUGUACUGUUGAGGAUGAGGCCUUUAUCAGGAUGGGUGCGACACUUCUUGACGGUGUGGUCGUUGAAAAGCAUGACAUGGUUGCUGCUGGUGCGUGCUUGUUCGACAAAACACUAGAAUUCCUUCCUUCUGGAGAGAUAUGGGGAGGAAACCCAGUAAAGUUCCUCAGGAAGCUUGAGGAAACUGUUUUUUUACCCAAGUCAGCUGAAAACUACCCAAACCUGGCGAAGGCUCACGCUGCAGAGAAUGCAAAGCCACUAAAUGCGAUCGAGUUCGAGAAGGGUCAAAAAGACGAGGAGUAUGACGCGAUGCUUCCACCAGAGCUUAAACUCUCUGACAACAUAGAGCCUGAUAAAGAAGCCAAGCGUUAUUCAAAUGUGAACUGAUUUUUCUGUGGUAUGCUUUCUGAUCGAAACCUUAAUAGUAUGAGAUGUCUGAAGAAGAUUGUGUUUCCGCCUCUGGUCUGAAUAAUGGCAGGUAGAGUACAUUAGACUGAAAUUAUAUGCUUUUGGAGAAGCGUUUUCUCAACUUUUCUUCAUGGUUUUUUAGGGAAUAGUCUUGUCAGGAGGACAAACUUUGGAUGCUAAUACUUUGAAAUUAGGAAUCAUAUGAAACGUGAGGAGUGAACAAUAAUAGAGUGAUGCAUGUGCUGAUUCAUGUGCGCCUAUGUUGCUAUGAAGAAUAAAAGAUCCAACCCUUGAUAUAUUUUAUAUAAUUUCAACAAAUUAUUAGUGGGGUUGAUAGUAUGGGUACCGUGAAUCACGCUUGCUUGGUCGUCUUUUUAUUUUAUUUGUGUGAAUAAAAUCAAAUCUUGUAUCGUGUAUCUUCUAUUAUGAUUCGUUUCUUUCUUCUUGUCAAACCGUAUUUCUUUUGUUGAAAUUUAUCUUUUGUUAAUAUUUGUGUUUGAUUUC